AUGAACCUGCUAUUGAUGGAUAUACCUGCAUAUAAAACACGUCAGAGGGGAUCAGCAGCUUCUCGAAGGUUACCGGACGAACUGUGCUCGUCUCGACAAAUAUCUUAUUCCUUAUGGAAGGAGAUUUCUAUGCAAAGAAGUUUCAGCGUCGAUAGUAGCGGCAACCUCUCCAGCGCUUUGUGCGAUGCGGAUCUUCGACGCUCCGACUUCUUUGACCAGGUUUUCGGAUUUAUCGUGGCUUCGAUUCCAGACGAGAAGGGGUUGGGCAUUCGGGGUGUGGGAGGCGUGAUGAUUGGCGAGAUUCCGGGCCAUGGGAUAGCCCAUGGCACCGAGACCUAUCCAGCCGAUCUGGAUGGGGCCUACGCCGCGAACAAGGGUACACUCGCCCCUGGCCAAACUAUUUCCGUUAACAAAUACACCGUCCAGGUCGACCGCUAUCUCAGCCAAGGUGGUUUCGCGCACGUCUAUCUCGUCAGGACACCGACCCCCGUCUACAAUACAACCCACCAUGUUCUCAAGCGCAUCGCAGUCCCAAACGAGAGCAUGCUGUCCGAGGUGAAGAAGGAGGUGGACAUCAUGCGCAUCUUGAAGGGCCACCCUAACAUAGUUCACCUAAUUGAUGCCGCCUGGCACAGGAUGUCAAAUGGCAUGUAUGAGGUAUUUAUUCUUAUGGAGUUCUGUGCAGGUGCGUGCCGUCGACGUCCGAUGCUUGUCGCCUCUCAUCGUACAGCAGGCGGCGGGAUCAUCGACAUGAUGAACAGACGUCUGCGCGAACGUCUCACAGAGGCAGAAAUAAUGCAGAUCUUUGUCGAUGUCUGCGAGGGCGUCGCGGCAAUGCACAAUCUCCGCCCAGCUCUUCUCCAUCGCGACCUCAAGGUCGAGAACAUCCUCCAAUCCUCAGCGACUUCAUACAAGCUCUGCGAUUUUGGAUCCGCGACCCCCGUUGCACCUCGGCCGCCCUCGAACACACAAGAAAUUCGUGCUUUGGAGGCUGACCUGAAUCGACAUACGACACUGCAGUAUCGUGCCCCUGAAAUGGUCGAUCCUUACUUGAGACGUCCGGUCGACGAGAAGUCAGAUGUCUGGGCACUUGGGGUAUUGUUGUAUAAGCUCUGCUAUUAUACAACUCCUUUUGAGGAACACGGUCCUCUCGCCAUCCUCAAUGUCCAGUACAAGAUCCCUCCUUAUCCAGUAUAUUCGGCUCAAAUGAAUGCUCUGAUUGGUUCCAUGCUACGCGAGCAUGGAGCCCAGCGUCCGACGGUCUUUGAAGUCCUCAAUAAUGUGCAUCGUCUACGUGGAACGAAAUCCCGAUUCGUUUAUGCCAUCCCUUCACGAGAACCGUUUGCUCAACGCCAUGCCGAGCUUCCUCCACCAAAUCCUUUGGACGACCUCGUCUCGUACCGAUCGUCGUCGUCCACAUCUAUUCCCCAUGCCCAAGCUUCGACGUCUCCCGCCAAGAACGCGGGCGUUCAAGCGCGCGAGAAAGUCCUUGAGGCCAUCGCUCCAAUGCGCCGUGGUCGUCCAGCGCCACUCCAAACGACUCAACGACCCACCAGCCCUUACAAGGCGCAGGAAAAGGAAAAUAACAAGCAAUCAAAUGCUGAGCUCGAUAUGGACUUUGCGGUCGAGGAAGAGGCUUCUUGGAAAGCAAUGAAGCAUGGUCGUGGUGCAGUACGCGGUCACCGGUCAGGAUUGACUAGUCCAGAAGCCUGGAAGGUGAGGAACCCUCCACUUGACGAUGCAUGGGACCUGGGGCGAGAUAGGGACAAGGAGAAGGAUAGAAACAGGAGAAAGACCUAUCAGGGCGAGCUCGCGGGCUUCGGUGACUCGUUCGAUGGCAUGCUCGGCUCUUCCUCAUCUGCGGCUGCCGCAUCAGCUUUGUUGAUGCCAGACCGGUCGGGCUCUAAGGCUGUCUCGAUACCAUCUCAACAGCCUUCAAGCACUGCCGGUCGAUAUGCUCCACCAAAAGCAAAGGAUGCCUUCGAUGGUCUCGGAUUCUCCCCAUCAGACAAGGCACCACCGCCCACACUUGCUGAAGCCUGGAAAGCCAAGUCUGAUUACUCCUCCAAUCUCAGCGUUCCUGCUCCAGCGUCCCGUCCUCCCAGCGCCCUCGCGCCCCGUCCAUCUCCCUCCCCUCAUCCACCCUCCCACGUGCCCUCGCCUAUACCUUCACCCAAUCUUGCCGCCGAAGACCGAUUCCCCUCGCUGGAGGAUCUGGAUCGCGCCUUGCUCUCUUCAGGUUCUAUCGCACUCCCUCUUCACUCCAAAUCUCAACCUCCUCUCCAAGCCACGCCAAUACACAAGCCUCCACCACUCGCAUCAACUGCGACAGCUGGUCAGACGUCAUCGCCGAGGAACAACUUCACCGGAGGGUUGAAACCCCCAGGCGCGAUCAGCAACACUCUUAGUCUUGCUCUGGGCGGGAGCAAAUAUGGCUAUGAUGGCGUGCGCUCGGAGCACGUCACAGGUGCUGCCAUGCGCGAGUCUCGUGAGGCGCGCAAACCCACCGUUGGGAGAGAGAGCCCGAAGCCUGUCCAAGCAACGCAUGUGCGCCCUCAGGUCACACGCAAACACCGCAGCGCUGCCUCCGUCAGAGAGCCUUCGAGUACCGCCGCCACUGCCCCAGUACCUGAAGUUCCCCCUACUACUGCACAGAUCCUCAGGCGGACAGAGCCUCAGGACUGGCUCACCGGUAGUGACGACGAGGUUCAUCAGCAGCCGCCCGGCACGCCUGUCCUGCGGGACUCACCCAGCAAACGCGCAUCGGUCAUCGAGCGCGAUCCCGUGGUGCAGAGCCCGCAGGAGGCAGUCGCUGACAAGUACCCAUCGCCGAAACGACAACCCAGUCCGCCGACCACACCCAGCCCGUCGCCUUUGAGGGCGAACACGCGCCGGAUGACGACGAGCAAUAGUCGUUUGCCGCAGAAGUCUAAACCAAAGCCGCUAGAUGGUCUCGAUGUUGCGUCCUCCACAAGGGAGAUUCUGAACAAGGGCGAAGCGUUGACCGAGAACUGGUCCCCUGUAGCCCCUGCGCGGCCCUCGAUGCGCAGGGAUAACUCAUCUAGCAGUGGAGGCAGUGAAGGUCCGGAGGACGUGAAUGGGUUUGUACCCGGUGAUCACACCAAGAAGGCGUUUGAGUUGAAGGAGAAGGUCGGUGAAACCAGGCGGAGGGGCAAGGGGCGACAGAGUUCGGUGCACGAUCUGGUAGAUCUGUGGGGCGGAGGAGCUAGCGUGGAGAAGGCCGCAUCCGGGCUCGUCAACGAGCUGAGCACGGACUCGCAUCAGAAACCUCAAGACGUCAAAAGACCAACGCCACUGCCAGCCACUGCCGCGCUUGUGUCGCAUCCGCGCUCAGUGUCUCCCUCUCCGCUUCUUUCACCCCUAGCCCCAGCAGAGCCGGUGACAAGAGCUUAUUCGCCCGGGCGUACAUCCCCACAGCAUCGGAAACAAACUACAAACACCGUAGAAUAUUCCAGUCCUCCGACUCCGGUCAGCCCUGUGCCAUCUGGUCGAUCUCGUCAUCAGUCUUUGUUCCUAUCCCCCGGCGUGGCUCCUAAGGUCCCUCCACAAACUCACGUCGAGAAGGUCAUGGCUCCAUCGACGCUCGCCCUUCCUCCUGACCCAAGAGCCCGCAGAAACGUCCGACGUACAUCGAUAUCUGACAUGGUGCAGAAGUAUGAGGCUAUGGGUGGGAAGCCGAUUGUCGUCCCUAGUACUCCGACGAAACCAUCUCACAUGAAGGUUGCAUCCCAUGGCACAGCAUCUCCCAUGUCAACUGGAAAUGGAACCACCUCGCCUAGCCGACCUCGACACAACUUUGGGCCCGGGCUCCUGCAGGGCAAUCCAGAUGAUGGGCCGUGGGAGAGCGACCCACCAAAACCACGGACGUCGCCUACCGCGUCGCGCAUUAUGCCUGUUGGAUUACCUGGUAUGGCAUCAGACAGGAAGCCGUCAGAGAUGCCUUCUGGUCGUCGGUCGCCGUUCAAGCCCGUGUCGACGGGUGGGCAAGCGACCCCAACCAAGACGCCACUGAAGACGCCUGUGAGGCCCAUCCCUGUGCGGACGGCUAGUCCUGCUCCAGCUGCGAACACAGGCGAGGAGCCGCCUAGGUCCGCGUCGCCUGAUAAGCCCUAUCAAGGCGUGGGGAGACUGAUAGAUCAGUGGCAGAAGAAGGCGAGCGAGCCAGAGGGGGAUAAGAAGGCAGGGUUUGCAGGACGGAGAGCGGGCGUUGUGGCCGGAAGGGGCCGUUAGGAGUUCCAUCUGGAAGGGCUUUUCUCUUUCUGCAUAUAGUCUCGAGUGGUGUGCGCUUCCAACAUCGCAAUUGACCUCACAGCAUUCAUAACAUAUACCCUUCCUACAUCGUCGUCACACAACAGUCGUAGAUAACAUUAUACAAAGCUUGAACCUG